GUGCCAGCCUGCUCCUGCUCCUGCUCCAGCUGUGGCUCCUGCGGGGGCUGCAAAGGGGGCUGUGGCUCCUGCGGGAGCUGCAAGGGGGGCUGUGGCUCCUGCGGGGGCUGCAAGGGAGGCUGUGGCUCCUGUGGGGGCUGCAAGGGAGGCUGUGGCUCCUGUGGGGGCUGCAAGGGGGGCUGUGGCUCCUGUGGGGGCUGCAAGGGGGGCUGUGGUUCUUGUGGGGGCUGCAAAUCCAGCUGUUGCAAACCCUGCUGCUCCUGCUCCUGCUCCUGCUCCAGCUGUGGCUCCUGCGGGGGCUGCAAAGGGGGCUGUGGCUCCUGCGGGAGCUGCAAGGGGGGCUGUGGCUCCUGCGGGGGCUGCAAGGGAGGCUGUGGCUCCUGUGGGGGCUGCAAGGGAGGCUGUGGCUCCUGUGGGGGCUGCAAGGGGGGCUGUGGCUCCUGUGGGGGCUGCAAGGGGGGCUGUGGUUCUUGUGGGGGCUGCAAAUCCAGCUGUUGCAAACCCUGCUGCUCUGCUGUGCCCCCGUGUGCUGCCAGUGCAAGGUCUGAGGCUCUGAUCACAGACACAGGGCACUGGACAGAGCUGGCCUGCCAGGAAAUUGAGCGGGACACGUGGCUGGCACAAGUCAUGCCAACCCCUCCCCCCAGCAUCCGGAGUCCCACAUAG